AUGAUAUGGGGUCCCAACCCCAAUGGAUCCUUCACUAUCAAAAGUGCAUACAAUAUCCAGAUUCAGGAUCGGCCGUUCUAUCCUCAUGCUGACAUGCUGAAGAAGAUGUGGAAACUAGAUAUUCCUCCGAAAGUGAAGAUUUUUGCUUGGAUGCUCAUUUGGAAUAGACUUCAAAUUAAAGUUAAAUUUGAUGGGUCUUUCAUGAACUCUCAAGCUUCCACAGGUUUUGUCAUCCGGGAUUGUGAUGGGCAUGUCCUGUUAGCCGAUUCCAAUAACAUUUGUGAGAAAUCCAUAAAUGUGGCUGAAAGUGUUGCUCUUCGGGAUGGUCUUGUUGCUGCUAUUGAGAGAUUAUGGGAUCAAAUUGUGAUUGAAGAUGACUCUAAGCUUAUCAUUGAUAGUAUUCUUAAAAAAGCUAGUCCCCCUUGGAGUAUCCAGCUGAUUAUUCAAGAUAUUUGGUCCCUUUCAUCUUCUGUCAACUCUGUCCGUUUCCAACAUGUUUUUAGGGAGGCUAACUUCACGGCGGAUGCGGUUGCUAAGUUGGAGCAUGGGUUAUCAAAUCAAGUGGACGGAUGGUGGAGGGAGGCUGUGGUGGGUUUGACUGUGGUGGAGGCUAUGGCGUUGGCGUCGGAGUGGGUCUCACAGAAGAAGGCAAAGAGAGAAAGGAAGGGACAAUGGAGUGUUCGAUUUUUGGGUUAG